AUGAUGCAUUCUCGUCGAUCACCCAGACAGUCCGGCCUGGCAAGACUCUCAUUCUUGCUUAUCCUUGGUGCCGCAAAUGGAGACAUCAUCACUUCUGAUCCAACUCUCAAUCCACAAUCUCAUGCUAAGGACAUCGCACACCUGCCAAUCGUCAACUCCUCAAGUCCGCCUCCAGCCGCUCUUCCCGGCCACGUUAUCAAUGCUACCGCCACCGCUUCAAAUUUCAAUUUCGAAGUCAUCCCAGCUCCACCCGGAUAUGAAGAAUGGACUUCACCUGUCGUCCUCCCUUCACCGGCUCAACAAGGCCACUCUCCUUGGACUGAGUCCAUCAAACGAGCCAAGCAAUUUGUCGCCCAGCUCACCCUUGAGGAAAAAGUUAAUUUGACCACUGGGGCAGGAGUUCAAAGCCGAUGUGUUGGAGAAACAGGGACGGUACCCAGGCUGGGCUUCAAUCAACCGAUAUGCUUACAAGAUGGGCCGGUUGGAGUCCGGUUUACAGAUUUCAACUCUGUCUUCCCGGCUGGAAUCAAUGCCGCGGCCACCUUCGACAAGAAUCUUAUGUACAAGCGGGCCCAUGCCAUGGCAGAAGAGUUCAAGAACAAGGGUGUUAAUGUUAUACUAGCUCCUAUGACCAACCUCAUGAGGACUCCCGAAAGCGGGCGCGCUUGGGAAGGGCCGGGCGCCGACCCCUAUAUGGCUGGUGUUGCCACCGUCCAGGCCGUUCUCGCCAUACAAUCCACUCGAGCCUCAGCUUGCGUCAAGCAUUACAUUGGCAACGAACAGGAGCACUUUCGAGGGGGGAGUGGCGCGAAAGCCGCCACCUCUAACAUCGAUGAUCGUACCCUUCGUGAACUGUACGAUUGGCCUUUCGCUGAAGCAAUCCAUGCAGGGGUGGACUACGUGAUGUGCUCUUACAACCGAAUCAACCAGACCCAUGCUUGUGAAAACUCAAAGCUGAUCAACGGCAUCGUCAAAGGGGAAUAUCAAUUUCAAGGUGUCCUGGUCACAGAUUGGGCAGCAGCUGUUUCAGGCGUCAGAACCACUUUGGCCGGUACCGACAUGAACAUGCCGGGUUUUAUGGCGUACGGUCAGCCGUCGGAGCCCAACCCUUCUACGGCUAAUAGCUCCUAUUGGGGGUUGAGGAUGAUCGAGGCUGUCAAUAAUGGUUCGGUCUCAACCCAGAGGCUAGACGAUAUGGUCACCCGUGUCAUGUCUACUUACUACAAACAAGGGCAAGACAAGCAAGAUUACCCGAGACUUAAUAUGAUGAGUAUUGGACAAGGCACCCCGGAAGAACAGAUCAGAUUGAACAAGCAUGUCAAUGUCCAAGCCGACCAUUACAAGUUAAUCCGUGAGAUUGGAGCAGCAUCAACCAUCUUACUCAAAAACACCAAUCACACCUUGCCGCUCAAAUCACCAAAGCAGAUGAGAACGGUCGUGGUCAUUGGUAGCGAUGCCGGCGACAAUCCUCGGGGCAUUAACUCUUGCGCUGACAGAGGAUGCAACAACGGUACCCUAGCAGCCGCAUGGGGGUCGGGUACCGCCAACUUCCCGUACUUGAUCGCUCCAGCUACGGCGAUUCAGAACUAUUUGAUGCAGACAAAUCCGACCAUAUCCUAUCAAUCGAUCUUUGACAACUAUGCCUACAACGAAAUCGGGAAUGCUAGUGUAUCAGCUGACGUUGCCAUCGUGCAUGUCAACUCUGAUUCCGGGGAAGGCUACAUCACCGUUGAGGGAAAUGCGGGCGACCGAAACAACAUGAGCCUGUGGAACAACGGCGAUGAUUUGAUCCUCAAAACCGCGCAGGUUUGCAACAAUGUUGUCGUCGUCGUUCACUCGGUGGGUGCCGUCGACAUGGAAUCGUGGAUCAAUCAUCCCAACGUCACAGCAGUGUUGAUGGCCGGACUGCCUGGACAAGAGAGCGGGAACUCGGAGGUUGAUAUACUCUGGGGGCACGUCAAUCCAUCAGCUAGAUUACCUUACACCAUCGCCAAAAAACGCUCGGAUUAUCCAGCUGAGGUAAUUUAUAACUCUAGUAUGCCGGUCCCCCAAAUAAACUAUUCGGAGCAACUACAAAUCGAUUACCGUCAUUUUGAUACAAACAACAUCGAACCUCGAUUCGAAUACGGAUUUGGCUUGUCGUACACAACCUUCAAGUACGACUCCUUGAAGAUUGCCAAACCAUCCAAGGCUCACGCCAGCCCCAGCCCCCCCUCGCCGCAAAAAUCGAUGUCCCUAAGCCCUUCAUCGCCCAUGUCAGAUUUGUACGAGAACAUGCUGAGCGUGGAAUUCCGGAUCACCAACACCGGCACGAUGCCAGGGAAUGAGGUAGCUCAAUUGUACGUUGGCUUCCCCAGUCAAGUUAAUGAGCCACCCAAAGUCCUGAGAGGAUUCGAAAGAGUCUUCAUACCCAAGGGCCAAACCAAAACAGUCACGAUGAGUCUUCGAAAGAAAGAUUUGUCAUACUGGGAUGUAAUCUCGCAAUCAUGGAGACUUCCGCACGGAAAAUUCAAGCUUAUGGUUGGCUGUAGCAGCCGACAAAUCCUGCUUCACGACGAACUCGAACUCUAG